AUGGCUGAGAACAGAUUUUCAACAGCUCAGAACAAUCAGACAGGGUACAGAUCAGGAGAGAUUAGUUUUAGAAAUGGGUAUAAUCUGAAUGUCGUGAACCUUCACCCACCGUUUAACGGUUCUGAACGAUCAGUUCCCGCACACAGUCAAAGCAGUUAUGCUUUUUGGAAGGUAACUGGACGAACAAACCGAGCUGAAUCGCAAAGUUCAUUCAGUCCAGACAACGGAGAAAGUGACCUAACAAGAUCUGGGUCACAUGUUAAUUGUAAAGAAAAUGUUCGUCACACUCCAAAAGAUGCUCUGGUAGUAUCAGGGAACAAGUUCGCACCCGAUAAUGAAUACUGCAUUACUAAUGGUGUGAGGGAAAUGACGUUUUGUCGAACAACCAGCGAAUAGCACUGACACAACGAUUCUUGAACGCGAGAAACUUACUGAACAGAAUACAGAAAGAACAUACACUUUAUUGGUGAUAACACACUAGUAUUAACAAAAACAUAUGUUAUGACUGUGAGUAAUUGACUUGAAGUGAUAAUGUGUAAACAGCAUGAAUAACAAAUGAACAAAUUGGUUUUGUGAAUGGG